AUGAGUCUGACUUCAUUUACAGGAAUAUUGGAAGACUGGAGAAAUAAUUAUAAGAAUAUAAUUGCCUCAUUAUCAUCGACUGGUAGCAAUUAUCUGGAGGCUUGGUCUUUAGUGACAAACCGUUAUGAUAAUGGACGUCUUAUUCUACAAGUACACUUACAGCAUUUGUUCAAUCAGCCACACAUUCAAACUGAAGCUGUUAGUUCUUUGAAGGCGUUGGUUGAUACAACAAAUCUUAAUCUAAAACAUCUUAGAGCAUUAAAAGUAUUAAAACAACCCAUUGAAAAAGCAUGGGAAAUUGAAUCAUCUACCUAUGAGUAUCCAUCUUGGUCACAAAUGUGUAAAUUUAUGGAGAAAAGAAUACAUGUGUUAGAUUUAUUACAAUCAACCAGUACACCCAAAUCUAAGUUUACCAACAAAUGCAACAGUCGAGCAAUAACUCAUGCUGUGACUGCAGCACAAGGUAAUAGGCAGCUGUGCCAUAUUUGUUCACAGCAUCAUAUAAUUUAUCAGUGUAAUUUAUUUAUGAAGUCAACAGCGAGUGAGCGACAUGCAUUAGCUAAGAAGGCCAAAUUGUGUAUAAAUUGUCUACKGGCUUCACAUUCUUCCAGUCAAUGCUCAUCUGAUAAAACAUGUAAAGAAUGUGGUGGUAAACACCAUACACUUCUACACUUUGGUGACUCUAAGGGCUAUAAAAUUACUUCUGAAGUGCCCACGUUGACUAUCAAUACACAACCAUCAACAUCUAAAGGGAUAGACACUGUGGCUGUCAAUCAGGAUGCCUUAAGAGAAAAGUCAACUGUCAUAUUAUCAACAGCAUUGGUGCGCGUACAUGGACCUAGUGGAUGGUCAGAACUAUGCCGUGCAUUAAUAGACACUGCUUCAGAAUUACAUUUUAUUACUAAAGCCUUAGCAAGUCGGUUAGGUUUGAAAACAUUGCAUCAGCCAAUGAUAAUUGAUGGUGUAUCAAAUGCUUCUACAACCACAUCUCAAGUUUCAACGUUCAAUAUUUCUCCUAGGACGAAUGGUAAACAAAUGACAUUAACUGCCUUAGUGUCUCCUAAGAUAACUGUUGAUCUACCCACUGUAGCCGUGGAUGUUUCACAGUGGACUCAUUUGGAACGGGUUGAGUUAGCAAAUCCAACAUUCCAUGUGCCUAACAAAAUCGACUCACUCAUAGGUGCUGAAUACAGUCUGGAUAUAAUGUUAGAUGGUAAAAUACAAGGACCCAAAGGUACGCCGUCGUUACACAACCCUAUCUUUGGGUGGAUAGUAUGUGGAAACAAUCUUAGACAUUGUGGAAUUGUGGAACACUAUCAAUGUUUAAGUCAGUCACCUGUUGUACCACUACAGUUGAAUCAUUUGUGA